UUCCUCCAAAUUUAUGAACAUUUUCUAACACGUGUUGAGUCGUUUCUUCAUCCUUUCAAGACCCAUUGACAUCCUCUGAUUCUCAGCUGAAACACAACGUUCGCCUUAUGACUUUUGCUUACUAAAAUGGCUGAUCAACCAACCACCAGCCAAUUUGUGGGUUUCAGAAUCAGCGCCAUUUGAAGUUCAUCCCUUUUCUUCAAUGGAGCGGGAACAAAGCUGCUCCGCCGUGGGAGGUGAAACUCAUCCAAAUCAUCCCCAAACGUUGAUUCUGAAAUCGAUUUUCUUCUUGGAUGGCUUCGGCGAGGUCCUCCUCACUUCCAAUUCAGAUGGCUUGUCUUGGGAAUCCGUUGACUCCCCUGAAACUGAGGGCUCACAUUGCUUGGGCAUUAAGCUUGUUCCUGAAGCUCCAGCAGAGGUCAAGUUUUCUGAUAUAUAUGCUGUUGAGUUUGACAACUUUGGAGUAAUUCAAAAAUCAAAACUUGCAGUUGCUCCAAGCUGUAUAUUAUGUGAUGAAUACGAGAUGUAUAGAUUUACAGUGCAUUGUUUCCAAAGAUCAAAAUCUCAGCCUGCUCAGUGGGUCCUGACUAAGUUUACAUUCGGGCAUGAGGACCAGCAAACAUGUCAGAUGUGGGUAAAUCAGAUUGAUGCAUCUUUGGUCCUUCAAGUUGGGAGACCAAAGAAUCUUCUUGUUUUUGUUAAUCCAAGGAGUGGGAAAGGGAUAGGAAGCAGAACCUGGGAAGCAGUGGCUCCCAUAUUUUUACGGGCUAAAAUAAACACAAAGGUGAUUGUGACCGAAAGGGCAAAUCAUGCAUUUGAUGUAAUGGCAUCUACUGCAAACAAGGACCUUAAAAUGUAUGAUGGUAUUGUUGCUGUUGGUGGAGAUGGUUUCUUCAAUGAGAUCCUCAAUGGUUUUCUUUUGUCGAGGCAUUUGGCACAUUACCCACCUACACCUUCUGAUAUCAUAGAUUUCCCACAGGCUGAAGGUAACUAUCCUAAUGAAGCGAUAACUGAAAUUGACAAUGGAAGUGAAGAUCAGGCACCACUCCUAUCAAGUGCUAAAUAUGGUGGAUUAGGACUCUCAACUUCUCGGAGUAAAGAUGGUUCUUGGGACACAGGGAACUCAACAGAUCAUGAUUCUGAAAUUUCACCAUUUGAUACAUGGUUUAGAUUUGGAAUCAUUCCUGCGGGUUCAACAGAUGCUAUUGUGAUGUGGAAGCAAAAGAAGUGGUUUUCGGCCAUAGUCGAUGUUGAAAGGGGUGGUGUUAAUAGAGAUGUGGAAGGUGGUAUUAUACUAGUAUUCAACCCAAGGGAUCCACGUGCUCCAUUGUUUAGGACCUUAGGUUGCUCGUUGCAAAAACAAUGCAGUUCUACUGGAUGUCGAGAUCCUAUUACUUCAACCUUGCAAAUUGUCUUGGGUAAAAGAGUCCACCUUGAUAUUGCUCAAGUAGUUAGGUGGAAAAAGACUCCAACAUCAAACUUUGAUCCUUAUGUACGCUAUGCGGCUUCUUUUGCUGGUUAUGGAUUUUAUGGAGAUGUCAUUACAGAGAGUGAAAAAUUACGCUGGAUGGGGCCUAGACGUUAUGAUUAUGCCGGCACAAGAGUGUUCUUGAGGCAUAGUUCAUACGAAGCAGAGGUAGCCUAUGUUGAUAUAAAGUCGGAAGACACUAAUACAAAUGGGAAAAGAGUGCUCUGUCGUCGCAAUUGUAGUAUUUGUAACACAAAGCCACACUUAAAGCAUUCUCACACUGGCUCGCGUUCACGUCAGGAUGAAACGAGAUGGUUGAAAUCCAAGGGACGUUUCCUAAGUAUUGGUGCUGCUGUAAUCUCUUGUCGUAAUGAAAAAGCACCAGAUGGCUUAGUGGCUGAUGCUCACCUUUCAGACGGCUUCCUGCAUCUGAUAUUGAUCAGAGACUGCCACCACGCUCUCUAUCUUUGGCACCUUACCCAGCUGGCCAGAAAAGGUGGAAAACCAAUGGAUUUCAAGUUUGUGGAACAUCACAAGACUACAGCUUUUACAUUCACUUCAUUUGGUGAUCAAAGUGUUUGGAAUUUGGAUGGGGAGCUACUUGAAGCACACCAGCUUUCAGCGCAAGUAUUUCGUGGCCUUAUUAGCUUAUUUGCUUCUGGCCCUGAAGUUUGAAUGAGGUAUUCAUAUACAAAUAGGCUUCCUUCUAAAUAUUUGUUCGAGUCCUUUCAGGUUUAGAAAAUGAAAAGAAUGGUUCCAUUUACGGUCAGGGUUGAAUGAAAUGUACGAUCGUUUGGGAAUCUGAAAAGGAUGCGACUGUUUGAAUGUAUAAUCUGUACUAUUUCAAACCUGUUUAUAACAUUUUUGCAUUUCGUUUCAA